AUGCUAGGAUUCCCCAUCCUCCAAAUCCCCCCCUCAUCGAUGCUAAAUUGCUCCAGGGAGGUGGCGGCUACAGCGCAACUUUCUCAAAGCCGUCUGUCUCGACGCGGUAGCGCACGCGUGGUUCUCGUCUCGAGUGCCAACCCAGACGCGACACGAGCAAGAAGUAUGAACAUGUACAAGUGGUGCUUCCAAAAAAAAAGCAGGUCAGCCGGUUGGGGGGGAAAGGAAAGGCUUGUUCCAUUCUUUCCUCCCCCCCUUCAUAUAGACUCUUGUUUUUUUCUAAUCUCUUUUCCAAUCUCUUUUCAAACGAGUUCUGUAACCUUUUUUUUUUCUCCUGUUUAUUGAAAUGAAGUAGGGUUAAAGUUAGUGUAUAUACCUUAUGGAAGAGGUUUGGAGAGGUUUGAAGGGAGAUGCGGAAUUGGAAACCGCAUUCGCCUGCUGCAUGUUUAGAUGGUGAGUGAGUAU